AUGGCUACCUCCAAUAGCGCCGACAAAGGCGACGACGAAACUCACAAUGUGGAAAUUGCUGAUACUGCAAAAGCAACCGCUGACCCAUCCGUCCAAAUCUAUGCGGAUUUCUCAGCGAACAAUGACCAGUGGAAGGCUAUCCAGAACAAGAAGCUGCUGAGGAAAAUCGACGUUCGGCUGCUGCCGUUCCUCAUUCUGAUGUACCUACUCAACUUCCUCGAUCGAUCGAACCUGGCGCAAGCACGUCUGGGGUCGCUGGAAGCAGACCUAGGGAUGAACGGAACGGAUUUCAAUCUUGCCACCAGUAUCUUGUUCGUGGGAUAUCUCACUAUGCAACUCCCAUCAAACCUACUCUUGACUCGAGUCCGUCCAUCUGUUUAUCUGGGAACUGUAAUGACUCUUUGGGGUGUUGUAUCUGCAUCUCAGGCGGCAACGAAGUCUUUUGCCGGGCUCCUUGCUUGUCGAAUCUUUCUUGGUAUUACGGAAGCUCCGUUCUUCCCCGGUGCAAUUAUGUUGCUUAGUUCGUGGUACACUCGACAAGAGCUUGCUCAUCGGAUUGCUUGGUUUUAUUCGGGAAGCUCUCUAGCGAAUAUGUUCGGGGGCCUUCUGGCUGCCGCUAUUCUGGGCAACCUGGAUGGAGCUCAUGGGAUUGAUGGAUGGCGAUGGCUGUUCAUCAUCGAAGGAGUUAUCACUGUGGGAAUAGCUAUCACGUCCAUCUUCGUGCUUCCCGACUUCCCUGGCACUGCAAAAUGGCUCUCGGACGAAGAACGAAUGUUCGCUCAGUGGCGGAUGAUCGACGACGCCAAAGAGACCGACGACGCGUCCUCCACCUCGCUGUGGACCGGCCUCCAGCUCGCCCUCGGCGACUACCGCCUCUACAUCUUCAUCCUCUUCCAGCACCUCUCGCUCCUCUCGCAGACCUUCCAGUACUUCUUCCCCACCAUCGUCAACACGCUCGGCUACGACCGGAUCACGACCCUCCUGCUCACUGCCCCCGUCUGGCUCGCCACCUUCCUCGUCUCGCUCUUCGUCACCUGGACCUCGGGCCGGUCCAGCGACCGCUCCAUCCACAUCGCGUGUCUCAUGCUCGUCUCUCUGCUUGGCAACAUCAUCGUCGUCUCCGCCACCAGCACCGGCGCGCGCUUCUUCGCCAUGUUCCUCAUGCCCAUGGGCGCCGUCUCCGCGUACCAGAUCAUCAUCGCUUGGGUCGCGAAUAGCUUCCUCCGGCCGGCGGUGAAGCGAUCGGCCAGCAUUGCCAUCUGUAACAUGGUCGGCAACACGGCUAGUAUUUAUGGCUCGUACAUGUAUCCCAAGUCGGACGGGCCGAGGUACCUGGCUGGAGGGGCGGCCGUGGCUGGUGUGUGCCUCUUGGUGGCCGUGUUUGCGCUUGUGCUGAGAGUGGUGCAUGUUAAGGAGAACCAGAAGCUGGAAAAGCUUGAGAAUGAGGCAGAGGUUGGCGAUCUGGGAGAGCUGCGCCCAAGGAGAGGACUGGGCUUUAGAUAUGUCAUCUAG